AUGUUCGCGAAAGUUUGGCGCGUCGUGCUGGAUAACUUUCACCCGUUCGUCAUCGCGGGUCCGCUGACGUUCGCGUACCACGAGGCGGUGUACUUCGGCGCGUGGACGCCGUGGUUGGCGAUGGAUCAGUUUGAAUACUUUAAGCGAUGGAAGAUACAGCCGGAUAAAACGCCGAGCAAGGAAAUGGUGAUGAAGUGCCUGACGAAGCUUUUGAAGUCGCACGUGUUCAUUCAGUUGCCGAUGCAAAUGAUGUUUUAUUUCGUGGCGCCGUACUUUGGAUUUUCGCUGGCGAUGGAGGCGUUGCCGAAAUCGAGGGAUUUGUUGUGGCAGAUUCCGGUGUUUUUCGCGAUUGAAGAUUUCUACUUUUACUGGGUUCACAGGGGAUUGCACCAUAAGCGGGUGUACAAGUACGUGCACAAGAUUCAUCACGAGCACAAAUUUCCGUUCGGCAUCGCCGCCGAGUACGCGCACCCGGUGGAGACGUUCUUUUUGGGCAUCGGCACGUUGCUCGGGCCGUUGUUUUUCGCCAAGCACAUGGUGACGCUGUGGGUUUGGUUGUUUUUCAGGCUCGUGGAAACGGUGGAGGAUCACUCUGGCUACGACGUGCCGUGGAAUCCCACAAAUUUGAUUCCAUUUUGGGGUGGCGCGGUGCACCACGAUUUCCAUCACAAGACGUUCGAAGGGCCGUACUCGAGCGUUUUCACGUGGUGCGACUGGAUGUUUGGCACGGAUAAGGAAUUUAGAAAGCAUCAACUCAAGCUUAGAGGUGGGAGUGAGUCUUUGGCGUACCCAGCCGUGUUCCGAGGCGCGCCGAACGAGCGCUCCUUGCCUUCCAAGAAGGUGGAUUAG